CAGCGCGGCCUGACGCUGACGGAAGAGUUGGAGAAGCUGGAGCAGCAGAUCACCCUCACGCUGCAAGAGAUUGAUAGCAACUUCAGCAAGGCGCAUCGCAUCGUCACCACCAGCAUCAUACCCACCGUCGAGGAAUAUGCCCAGCACAGCAGUGAGGUUUGGGAAGGUUCAAAGUUUUGGAAGCAAUUCUUCGAAGCAUCCGCCAAUGUCUCCCUAUCUGGCUAUGAGGAGGAUGGAGCAGAGGAAGUCACGCACACAGAUGCUACCCAAUCCUUCCAAACGCCCACCGGUCAUGACGAUGAAGACAAUACUGUCACCGGCCGAGCCCAGCGGCACAACGAAGAGGAGUCAUUCAGCAUAGAAUCGCCCACACAGGUCACAGGUGUGCAGAGCACUCCAAAGCUGACCCCGUCUUCAUCUAGAAAGGCCAAUGGCACGGGUCGUUCUCAGAGGAAUAGGACUGCAUCCUCACAUCGAUCGCCAUCACCCAGGAAGUACACUGGACACAAUCCUCUCGCCAUCGAGCCUUCUUCGGAAGAGCCAAGCACGCCCCGGAUGCAAGCGACUGGAAGCAUGGAUUCGUCUCCGUUCCAGCCAGAGUCAGCCUUCCAGCCUUCGGCUUUCCAACCGCGGGAGAACAACGAUCCUCUGAUGCAUCGUGUUCUCGAUAAGAAUUACCGUAUCCAGGCCACUCCCAUGACACAGCGUCGACAGAGAGCAAUACCCGCUGCCAAAGCCACCCCAGCAACCGCGACAAAGCAAUCACCUUGGGACGACUCUCCUCAGUCUUCUCCUGACAUUUCGGCACCUCAACUUCGGAGCGAUCUCUUCUCGCCGGCUAAAGGUGCACCAAGGACACCAGGACUGUCUGUUCUGACGCCAGCCAAUAAGAAGACUGGACCACCUCCUCCAACCACAUCGACUGGAAAGCAGCUUUUCUCGGCACAAGACAAAGCGUACACGGCAACACGGGAUCGAACAAGAGCGAGUCACAUAUUCGAUGAUAGUGACGACGACGACGACCUGGCCGACCUCUCACCUCCCAAAACCAUGCAGUUCCAUGUACCGCAAUCGAGACUGAUGCAGACGCCAGCUCGAGAAGCAUCUCGGAAGAUUGUUGACGAUCUCCUUUUGACUGCUGGAGCAGAUGCCACGGAUGAUAUUGAGGACGACGAUUAUGAGUUCGAAAUACCGUCUCCAAGCAUAAUCAAGCAGGUUCUGGAAGACGAUACGUUUUGA